AUGGCGAACACAGGAGCCACACCAAUGCUGCUCCUGGCUCUCAUACUGGUGAUACUUUACACUUUAGCACCGUGCUCUGGGGCAAAUGUCAAAAUCGGUGUCCCUGAAAACUACGAUGGUAUUUUCCCAUGGUAUCUAGCCAAGCUCCACAGCCUGCCCAGUAAUUACAGCGACCUGGUGGUAACCGGGGACGAUGAGGGGAUAUUCGGCGUCGACGCUCAGUUUCUUUAUGCCCUGAAACCGCUGGACAGAGAGAAACAGCCGUCGUACUCUCUGCAGGUGUCCUUCAGAGCCUCAGUGCACAGACAGAGCUUCACUGUCGAAGUGUGUGUCAUCGACAAGAACGACAACGUGCCCACGUUCCUCGGGGAGAGCAUGCGAGGCAGCGUGCAGCUCGGCCUCCUCAAAGGGAUCCCAUUCAUGCAGGUGGCGGCGCUGGAUCGAGACGACCUCGACACUGCUCAUGCCGACCUGCGGUUCAGGCUCAUGGAACAGACGCCCAGGAUUCCCUCCAGCCAAAUGUUCUCCAUCGGCUCCAUCACUGGAGAGGUCUCCCUCACUGAGGAAGGAGCCUCCACUCUGGACCCGGAGAUGUGCGGCCGCUACAAGCUCUCGGUGAUGGUGAAGGACAUGGCCGGGAAGGCCAACGCUUUCUUCACCACCGGCAUCGUUACCGUUGAGGUGACAGGAAACACCUGGGCCUCCCCUGACCCGGUGCGACUCCAGGAGAACCUGCCGGGCCCCUACCCCAUCCCCAUCUCUCAGGUCAAAUGGAGUGGAAGUCGGGCCCAGUACAGUCUAGAUGGGGAGUUUCCAGAGAUGCUCUUCACCAUCAGCCGAGAAGGAGUCAUUUAUCUCAAUGCUCCUCUGGACAGAGAGACUCAAGACCAGUUCCAGAUCAGCAUCGUGGUUGAGCGUCCGGACGGCAGAGAAAUAGCCAAGCCCGUGGAGCUGAGGGUGAUGGUGGGCGACGCCAACGACAACAGACCUACCUUCCCACAAGCUCAGUACCACACUGUGGUGAAGGAACUGGCCGCUCGAGGGACAGAAAUCCUCACAGUGCAGGCGGCCGACAACGACGAUCCCAAGACGGACAACGUGCGGAUUUUUUACCGUUUAGUCGGGCAAAUUCCAGAGAGUCCUCGUGCCCUCUUCAGAGUGGACCGUGACUCGGGGGUCAUCUCGGUCCAAGCAGACAGUAUGGAGGGCACAGCACCGCAGUAUACUCUCACCAUCACUGCUGAGGACGCCAAAGGUUUAAACAGCUCCUGCACUGUUGUUGUGACGGUGCAGGACGAGAACAACAACCCGCCAGUCUUCUCCCGACAUGAGUAUGGUCCCUUUCACAUCCUGGAGGACGCCCCCGUGGGCACCACAGUCACAGCUGUGCUGGCAGGGGACGCAGAUGUGCGUGGAGGAGACAGCUGGCAGGUGGACUACCGCUUGGAGUCUGGAAACGAGGAGGAGGUCUUUACCUUAGUGACGGACAAGCAGACCAAUGAGGUGUCGCUUGUGCUCUCGAAGGUGUUGGACUUUGAGCGUGAGAGCGAGUACAUCCUGGUGCUCAGCGGUCAGAACCCGGUGGCUCUGGUCCGAGGACGGUACGGACCUGCGUCCACAGCCACAGUCGCUAUUUACGUGGACGAUGUGAACGAGGGUCCGAUCCUGUCGCAGAGCCACUACGAGGUGACCGUCAGAGAGGGGGAGGAGCCGGGUCGGGUCAUCGCCACCAUCCGAGGUUAUGACCCCGACUCUCACCCCAUCAGAUAUUCUCUUCAAGGGGACACAAAGAAAUACUUUUCAAUAGGUAAAUACUCUGGAGAACUGAAGACUGUGCAGGCCUUGGACCGAGAGGAGAACAGCACGUACACCAUGGAGGUCAUUGCAGUGGAUGGACGAAACUCUUCCUUAUCCGCGUCCACCCUGGUGACAGUGCAGAUCCUGGAUGUGAAUGACAACAGCCCGGUGCUGGUUGGAGACUACUCCUGGAAGUACCUGUGUACUCCUCGCUGGGAGGACCAGGCGCUGGUGUUGGCCUCGAGGGACAGUGACGGACCUCAGCACGGAGGACGCCUCAACUUCUCCCUGCGCAGUGACGCCACGGUUCGGCGGAACUGGAAGCUAACGCCGAUAAACGAUACUCACACCAACCUGUCCUUAAACAUCCCCUACCUGUCCCCGGAGGUCUACACCGUGCCCUUCACCAUUUCUGACAGCAGCUCCCCCCCCAGGAGCACCUUCAUAAACCUGCCAGUGACAGUGUGUCCCUGCAACGUCAGAGGGAACUGCAAAAUGGCUGCCAAGCGGUUGCAGGGCAUGCCAACUAUUCAGUCAGCAGUGGGAAUUCUGCUCGGCACCUUUGCAGUCAUAGGAACUAUCCUCGUUGUUGUUUUUGUGAGACUGUCCUACCAGAACCCAAAGAGGCCGAGCGAAACAAACCAGGAGAGAGUUCCCCUGAAGAUUUCAAUCUAA